AUGUCAACGAUUGUAAAUGGAACAAAGUCGAAAUCAUGUCAAGUUAAAUUUGGAAUACCACAAGGGACGUCGGUUUUAGGGCCGAUCUUCUUUUCAAUGUUUUGUAAUGAUCUUCCUGAAAUUAUGCAAGGCGAUGAUGGAGAGAUUGAAAUGUUUGCUGAUGAUACCACCAUAUAUGUGAUUGGACCAAACCCCGAUAGUGUUGCAAGUAUCCUCAAUGAAAUGGUACGGAAAUUGUCAUGGUGGUGUUUGAAGAACUUAUUGACGGUUCACACUGGAAAAACAGAAUAUAUGCUAUUGGGGUGUGCCUGGUUCAUCGGUCCAUUGCAGCAAAUCAAACUUGAUGUGCCUGUCAUUAAAUUGGUUAACACAAAAAUAUGUCUUGGUUUAAAAGUGGAUUCCUGCCUCAAAUGGGACGUUCAUGCAUUGGAAGUAGUUGAAUCGUUCAAUAAGAAACUAAACCUGCUUAAAUCGUUUCAUUUUCUACCUCUGCAAGCACGUCUGGACUUGUAUUUUAUGGUUAUUCUGCCAUCUAUAACUUAUGGAAUUUUAAUCUGGGGAUCCGUUGGGAAAACGAUGUUUGACAAUUUGGAAAGAAUUCACAUCAGGGCUGCACGACUAAUUUAUCAGUAUGCCUAG